CCCUCCCGCUCCGCCAUGGGGAACACCGUCACCUGCUGCGUCUCUCCCGGCGCCAGCCCCAAGCUCGGCCGGGUCCGCGGGUCGGCGCUGAGGGCGGCGUCCGCCGGAGGGGGCGGUGGCGGUGGCGGCGGGAGCGGUGCGGCGGCCGUGGGGCUCGAGCGGAGGACGGGCGCCUACCGGGAGGUCACUGAGGCAGAGUCGGGGGACUCGGAUCCCGGCGGGGGCGGCCCCCACCUGCAGCACAUCAGCGACCGCGAGUUCCCGGAUGAUUUAGCAUUGGAGUCAAAUCCAUCUGACCAUCCUAGAGCAAGCACAAUUUUCUUGAGCAAAUCCCAAACAGAUGUGAGAGAGAAGAGGAAAAGCAACCACAUCAACCAUGUUUCCCCAGGUCAGCUUACAAAAAAGUAUAGUUCAUGUUCAACAAUAUUUAUUGAUGACAGCACAGUAAGCCAGCCUAAUCUUAGGAGCACAAUAAAAUGUGUUACAUUAGCAAUAUACUAUCACAUAAAGAACAGGGAUUCAGAUAGAUCACUGGAUAUUUUUGAUGAGAAAUCACAUCCACUCACGCGUGAAGAGGUUCCAGAUGACUACUUUAAACAUGACCCUGAUCACAAGCACAUCUAUCGCUUUGUACGUACCCUGUUUAGUGCAGCGCAGCUGACGGCCGAAUGUGCAAUAGUGACACUGGUUUACUUGGAAAGACUCUUAACCUAUGCAGAGAUUGACAUUUGCCCAAGUAACUGGAAGAGAAUAGUUCUAGGUGCUAUUCUGCUAGCUUCUAAGGUGUGGGAUGAUCAGGCCGUGUGGAAUGUGGAUUACUGCCAAAUACUGAAGGAUAUAACAGUUGAAGACAUGAAUGAAAUGGAAAGACAUUUCUUGGAGCUACUGCAGUUCAAUAUCAAUGUUCCUGCCAGUGUUUACGCCAAAUACUACUUUGACCUUCGCUCCUUAGCAGAUGACAACAACCUGAACUUUCUGCUGGAGCCCCUUAGUAAAGAGCGAGCGCAGAAACUGGAGGCUAUCUCCAGGCUGUGUGAGGACAAAUACAAAGAUUUGUCAAAAGCUGCUAUGAGACGAUCAUUCAGUGCUGAUAACUUAGUUGGGAUCCGCCGUACUAACGCCAUCCUCUCUUGAGCAAGAUGGAAAGCUGCGAUCUUGUGGCGCCAGCAUUCCUAUCGGCCGGGGAUACCGCCUCCACUCCAAGCUCACAAGUCAACAGCGAUGGCGUCUUCCAGCCAGCGGACGGGGUGAGCACAGCAAGCCAAGGAAGCCCAGAGCCAGAGGAGCAUGAUUCCAGGUGGAGGGGGGGAGAUGGAACCUCUUUCAAAUGGGCACACUCCAUUAAAAAUCAAGAGGUUCAAAAACUUUUUGAGUCUUCCCCCCUUUUCUCCUCACUGUCCCUCAACCCCCCCCC